CCUCCCGGGACCAUUGCCCGUAAAAUACUUCUAAAAGCCACGAACAGUGACCGUAUCUGGCCCGGAUGACACCUUUGGAGGGACGUUCUCUGGUCCGAAAUUCCGAAUGCUAUAAAAGGUAAACAUCCCUCCAAGUAACAGCCUAUUUUCACAGAGCAAGAGGAGGGAACCGAUGAAGUCCUUAUUUUUCUUCCUCCUCGUGGUGUGGUCGCCCUCCACAAGCCUGGCCGCCUCCUCUCCUCCCUCUUGCAAGGCAUGGCUCGUCCAGUCCAUCCCCACCGACAUGCCCCUCCUCCGUCGCGUCCCCGGCGUCCUCUCCACCGGGGAGGUGCUGCGGUGGCUGGCGGGGAACGCGACCAGGCAGCUGGACCUGAUCGCCCAGUACUGGCAACUUCAGGCGCAGCCGGGGAACCCGGAGUCGGGAGACUACGGGUACUCCGCAUCCGAAAUGGAGAGGUUCGGAGCCAAUGAAGGGCGCGAGGUCUACAAGUCGUUGGGGAAUGCGGCUGAUCGGAUGGUUAAUAUCAGGAUUUUGCAGCACUCCGGAGUCUAUCCUGACUAUGAUCGAGAGUCAUCUGAUCUUGCUUCUGGAAGACCAAAUGUGCAGAAUGUGACCUUACUGCUUAUCGAUUGGUGGGGAUCUGGCAUUGUCCAUGCAAAAGUUUGGAUAUCUGAUGGUAAAGAUAUCUAUAUUGGUUCAGCCAAUAAUGACUGGAAAUCUCUUACCCAGGUGAAAGAGGUUGGGGUCUAUCUCGUUGGUUGCCCUGAUAUAGCCAAAAGUUUGGAAAUCUAUUUCAACAACCUGUGGGAACUUUCAUCACUGAAUUCAGCUGCUUACACAAGAUUAAUUUGGGAUGAACAAGCGCAAGUUUCCAGGAAAGUGCCUUGCUGGUCACAUUUCAUCCAUUACAAUGAGAGAUGCAGGUCACCACUUCCUCCUUCCAUCGAGGUACCACAUGUAGAUGGUUAUCCAGUAUUAUCGGACCCUUACAUGUUUCAGAUUCCAUUUGAGACCCCUGGGUUUAGUACAUCCAGUAUGCUGCUUAACUCGAGCUAUCUUUCAUUUGCCCCACCAGAGCUGUCAUUUGGUACGUUCCAAGCGGAUGAACAUGCAUGGGUGGAGACAAUUAAAUCUGUGCCGUUUGGAGGAACUGUCAGAAUUAGUACUAUGGAUUGGCUUGGGCAAUCACAGUAUCUGAAACAAACGGUCUACUGGUCCUCUCUCUCAUCUGCAAUAUCAGAGGUUGUCUUCUCCAGUAAUGCAACAGUCAAUGUUCUAGUGGCCUAUUGGGCACAUUUUAUUCCAAACACUGAUCAAUAUCUGAAGUCCCUCCUCUAUUCAGACAUUCUAUGUGCAUCUUCCAAAUAUAACCACUGUGGUGGUAAGGUUAAUAUCAAGUAUUACAUGGUGCCUGGUUAUAACAAGACUGGAGCUGCCAAAAGCCAGGGAUAUGCUACUGGAAAUAUCUACCCUGGUUAUUCCCGGGUCAACCAUGGAAAAUAUGCAGUUAGUGACUUGCGGGCACACAUAGGAACCAGCAAUCUCGUAUGGGAUUACUUUUACACAACAGCAGGUGUGAGCUUUGGGACAUAUAAUCCUGCCAUUGUAGAACAAUUACAAGAGAUCUUUGAUGCUGAUUGGAACUCACCGUAUGCUGUACCAGUCGAGCCAUUAAAGUCAACUUGAGGUAUAUCAAAAAAAGGGUCAACAAUUUGAGGGCCCCUACGCCAGUACUCUGAAAUCUCAAGCAAUUGUAAUUAUGGUUGUUUGAGAGAACGAUGCGUGAGUCUCAUUUUAGUUUAAUAAUGCAUCAAAUGUCUGGAAUUUGCUCUUUGGAAAUCUUCAUAAAGAUUACCACGUUAAUAAGCUAAUAAUUCAUUUAAUGAAGAAUGCAAAAAUCAUCUGCAUAUGUUUUGGC